AUGGAGCCCGAGCCCGUCGCCAUGUCCCUGGCUCCUGGUGGCGACUUCCCUGCAACAUCAGUGGCGACUGCGACAUCAGUAAAGGUCCCAACAACGAGGACAACAGGAGUUGAUCAACAACAUCAACUACAAAAGGGACAACUACAGGAGCAACGAAACGGUCGUUUGGAUGAGCCAGGGAUGAGUCCCGAGCAGAGUUCUUCCCCUCCUGUGGACAUGGUGCAGGCAUCCUCUCCGCCCGAUCCCACUUUCACUUCCACUUCCCCUCGACACAAUCCUGUCAGUGAGGAUGUGGAGAAGUUUGACGGCAAGAUCGUAUAUAACCCCGAUGGGUCUGCAUAUAUCAUCGACGAUCCUGGCGAACUCAGCGAAGAGGAUGCUUCAAGUGGCCUUGACUUGCCGAAACAAGAGGGUUCGAUUGUCGAUGCUGGCAGGGAAGAAUUGUCGGCCAAAAUCCUCCCACCUCUUGCUUCGGCAUUCUAUGUCUCGCGAAAUCCGGCCCUUUACCAAGCUCUUUAUUCCCAGGGAUACCCCAGCCUCAUGCCCGACAAGAAAGUUCCUGAUGUUCCUGUGGUACAUAGUUACAGAGUGUAUACUGUUCGUAGUCAGACCUCGCAGAAGUCUCGCGAUGGCGAGAAAACUGAGAACGGGAAAGACAAAUUCAAAGUUCCUCCCACAGACUUUUCUUCUGUGCCGAUCAAGCCCAUUUUGAUGUGUUUUAUGUGUAGGUUGUCCUUUGGUUACGUGAAAUCUUUCGUCACUCACGCGAUGAGUGAUCAUGGCAUGGUUUUGAACGAUGAGGAAAAGGAGAUCAUGAGCCAGAGGAACACUUCAGCUGUGAUUCAACAAGUUGGGAAGGAGAAAGAGCCCUUGAUCUCCUUUUUAGAACCCGUUUACCCAGCCCCUCGACACGAAGAGGGUCACGGGAGAGGGCAUCGCCCAUCUCCACCCGAUGAUGGAGCAGCCUCGUUGAACUCUUCAGUCCCAUUUUGGAAGAAUCCGACAAGGACAUCUCCAUCUCGUGGGAGCCACGAGGUCCAGGUAUCUAGUCCCGUCUCAAGUGCUGGCUUGGCAAGUGAGACGUCACCUGGUCGGGAGUCGGUGAGUUCGCGCACGCCAGAAACUCGACCAGCAGCGAGUCCCUGCAGCAAGAGCUCGACAUCCCCUUCGCCAGCACGCUUAUACCAGGCUUCCGAAGCCUGCGACACCUCCCUGGCAGAUCCUGGGACCUUGAAGCGUCCUCCUUCCGUGUCUCCUGGCCACCUGAAACAAGGAACGCCGGUUCAUACUACGUCCGCGCAUUCACCAAGCGGGGUCCCUUCUGGCAAUCCUUCUCCCUCCGGUAUGAGCAUCGGUGCCUGCCCCGAACACAUUAAUGGAAAACCGAAUGGUCUCGAAUGUGCGAAUUGUGAUCUCAUCAUGAAUUCCUCGCAACUGGGAUGUCACAUUGGCCUCAUGCAAUCUAGAAACUCUUGUAAGACCCUCAAGUGUCCCAAGUGCAACUGGCACUAUAAGUACCAGGAAACACUAGAGAUCCACAUGAAGGAGAAACAUCCAGAGAAUGAGACGACCUGUAUUUACUGCAUCACCAACCAACCUCAUCCGAGGCUAUCCCGAGGCGAGUCCUACACUUGUGGAUACAAGCCUUAUCGUUGCGAGGUGUGCAAUUACUCCACGACCACAAAGGGGAAUUUGAGCAUCCACAUGCAGUCGGAUAAACACCUGAACAACAUGCAGGAACUGCAGAACGGUGGAUCCCAACUUCCUGCGCAAGUCCCAGAAAGCAAUCAGUUACCACCUCAGCUUCCUCCUUUGCCCCCGAGCCCUCACGCUCCUGGCGUUCAAAAGGUGAAACAGAAGCCGACUUGGAGAUGCGAUGUCUGUAAUUACGAGACAAACGUUGCACGGAAUCUCCGCAUCCACAUGACAAGCGAGAAGCACACUCACAACAUGAUGGUGUUGCAGCAGAACGUAAAGCACAUGCAGCAGCUGAGUGCCCUGCAUGCCCAGGCCAAUUCGGGGCAGCUGGAUGCGUCAUCCUUGAUGCAGAUCAUGGCUAUGUCCGGCGAAAAAUCUACAUCAGAGGCCACCUUAGCUGACAUGGCGUACAGUCAAGCCGUUCUCUUGCAGCUGAUGACGGGUGGUUCCCUUGCUAGUCAUGGAAUGGAUCCAGAGAUGUCAACUCCGGUGCCUCCCGAAGCCCUGGAGCAGGGCGAUCCCGUGGAACCGAAUCCAUCUGGCAUGUUCCAAUGCUGCGUCUGUGCCAUAUUCUCCACUGAUAACUUGGAAGCUUUGAAUCAGCACUUGUCGGCCGACCGGAGUCGACUCCCAGAGCCCGAUGUCCUCGUACUCGUUGCUGGCAAUUACAUCUGUAAGCUGUGCAGCUACAAAACCAACUUGAAAGCAAAUUUCCAACUGCACUGCAAGACGGAUAAGCACCUGCAAAAGCUUCAGCACAUGAGUCACGUUCGAGAAGGAGGCCCGAAAAACGAUUGGAGGUUGAAAUAUUUGAACCUGACUCAACCGGUCCAGGUGCGGUGCAAUGCUUGCGACUUCUACACAAACAGUACUCACAAACUUGGACUUCAUAGCCAGUCCCAAGCUCACGAUGUUGGUGCUAUGCUCUGGUGGCAUUUGCGGAGAUGUGAAGACGGCGUGAGGGGAGAAGGCCGCCUGUACUCCUGCGGAUUGUGUGCUUUCACGACAACCGUGAAAAUGCAGAUGGUGAAGCACGUGCGGUCUGUGAAACACAUACAAGCUGAACAGUUACUCCAGCUGAAACGUCGCCAAGAGGGCCACGACACCGUAGCAGAAAUGGCAGAUAUAUUCUUCGUGACCAGUCUGGGAGAUAUCGAAGAACACGCUUCAGAUAAGAGAGAAGGGAAAUCCUCAGACCUGGACCAGGAUGGAGAAGAUAGCAGCCGGCUGAAGUCCGCUCUCGAAAAGGAGAACAAGGGAAGUAUUGCUUGUCCAUUGUGUCAAGAAGCAGCAUCAGACAGGGCUGGCCUCGAGAAGCAUCUCAUGCAGAUCCAUAACGUUAAUUUCGACGGCAUGCAGCGACUCUUAGCCAUGGUGGGUCAAUCGCAUUGGUUAUCUGGCCAAAAGGGCUCGUUUGAGGAUGUGGUUAUGAAAGAUGAUCAAGAAACCUCGGACUCUGAGCUUCCUGACGAACUCAAAUGUCAAACUUGUCAUACUACCUAUCGUACAGUUGAGGAAUUGGCUAGUCAUCAAACAGCUGCUGAUCAUGUCGAAUUGAAGCAGACUCCCCGAGGUCCUGGGUAUCUGUGCUGGAAGAAGGGCUGCAAUCAAUAUUUCCAGAAUGUCCAAGCCCUUCAAACUCAUUUCAUGGAAAUUCAUGCGAAAAACCAACAACUGGCCGUCUCUGAGAGACACGUCUACAAGUAUCGCUGCAACCAAUGCAGCCUGGCUUUCAAGACCCUGGAGAAGUUACAGUUGCACUCCCAAUAUCAUUUGAUUCGAGAGUCCACCAGCUGCAUUCUUUGUCACAGAAGCUUUCGAUCUGUUCAAGCUCUGCAGAAGCACUUGGAGACUGCUCACAAUGACUUGCCAGAAGCCAAACUUCAGCAAUACAAAGCUAGUCUCAUGAAUAAUCCUGUGGUACAGGCUGGCUUGAGUGGACAGGUUCUCGACCCUGCUGCCAUGGAACUCCUGAAGAAAGAAUCGACUAAGGACGAGGAAUGUGGACCAGAUGAGGACGAAGACAAACCAGAUGAAGAAAAUGCCAACGAAGACGAUGAGGACUCCAAAUCCGGCGAUGAUUCAGGUGGUUCAAAGCAGCAAGUCCUGGAGGACUAUUUGAAUAGUCCAGCCGUGGCUGAGGACAGUUACAAUGAUCCCUCAAGGAAAUACAAGUGUCAUAAAUGCAAGGCUGCCUUUACAAGGCAAAGUUACCUGACCAGUCAUAACAAGACCUUGCUUCAUAGAAAGGGAGAGAAGCUGAGCUACCCGAUGGAGAAGUAUCUGGAUCCGAACAGACCUUUCAAGUGUGAGAUCUGUAAGGAAUCUUUUACGCAGAAGAACAUUCUAUUGGUUCACUAUAACUCAGUGAGUCACCUCCAUAAGCUGAAGCGAGCCAUGCAGGAGCAACAGUCUCAGCCUGGUACUCAAACUGACGGUAGCAGUCCUCCUGGUGCGAGUAUGCUUGCUAGCAUUGCCAACAAGGAGCUGGACGAUGACAAGAAGCCCUACCGGUGCAAUAUAUGCCGAGUUGCCUACAGUCAGGGAUCCACGCUUGAUAUUCAUAUCAGAUCUGUUCUGCAUCAGACGAGAGCCUCCAAGAUUCAGGACUUAGCCCUGUCAGGUCAAUUGGAUUUGAAUAAGCCUCUCAUUGAGCAACCAGAGCACCACAGAGCUCAAGAGACACAAAAGAAAAUUUUACAAGACAUGUUAGGGGUAGGAAAAUACACACAACCCCUGUCGUUGGAGACGUCUUCUCAAUUCAGUCCUCCCUGCACCAGCACAGCAAUGACCACUUCACCGACGCCACGGUCGGGGAGUGCCCAACAGUCUCCCAAGUCGGCACAUUCUUGCAGCAGAUGCGGAGCUAUUUUUGGGAAUCAAGAGCAGUUGACGCAGCAUCAACAAUUCAGCUGCUUAUUCCAGUCACCGAUGGCAUCCCUCUCAGCUGUUGAGGGAACAUCGCAAAUGAUCCUACAGCAAGCCCAGCGUCACCAGGGCGAAGACCAUCGUUCAUCUCCCGACAAAGAUAUGCUGGAGGAAACUCCGCGUUUCACCAUACCAGUCAAGAAAUCGUCUCUCGUACAGAAACAACUUCUGAGAAGCUACGGUUUCGAGCUGGUGAUGCAAUUCUUGGAAUAUCAUCAAAAGAGAACAGCAGAGGAGAGUUUAGGUGAUAGGUCAGACGAAGAUAAAUCUCCGGAAGGCGAGGAAGCGGAAGGGAGAAAUCAGAACAUCCCCGAACUCGAGAAGUCUGUCUGUCGCUCUUGUGGGAAGCAAUUCUCAAGCAUCUGGGUGGCCAGAGCACAUGCUGAAGAAAUUCAUCAAGACUUUGUCCCGUUCAGCACCGUGGAAACAUUUGCAGAGGAAUUCAGGAAGGAUUACGACGAGAGGAUGGUGGAAGCCGGUGGGUCUGAGGACUCAGAUCAAAGACCCCGAGAAGAAGAGGGGAAUCCAUCUGGAGGGCAUCUCUUGUCUGAAGCUGGUGCCUUGAUGCAGGCAUCUGGAGAAUCCGCAAUAUCCUCUGCAAGUGGAGCAGGCAAUCCCCUUUACACCACGGCAACCAGUGGCAUGGAUAAGAAAACUACAAUUUCAUCCUCAGCUUCAGUUUCUCCAAAUCUCUUCCAACAGCAAAUGGGAGACAUGACAGCAGCGCUUUCUGCGAUGCAACAGAUGCAACUUAAUCCAAUGAUGAUGGCUAGUCUCAGCCUUGGAAUGGGCCUUCCAUUUGGGAUGAAUGCUCUGACGGCCAUGAACCUGCAGCCGCCACUCUUCCCAUUCAUGAUGGCACCCCCCCUCGAUCCCGUGAUGACUGCUGCUAUGAUGCAACAAUCUCAAAAUUCUCUCGUUCCUGGAGCCAUAGACCCUAACUUAUUGGCUAGCCACCAGCAAAAAUUGUUGCAACAGCAACAACAUCAGCAGCAAGUUGCCGGUCCCUCAAAGAGAGCUCGAACCCGAAUCACCGAUGAACAGUUGAAGAUCUUGAGAGCUCAUUUCGAUAUCAACAAUUCGCCAUCUGAAGAACAGAUCAAUGAGAUGGCCCAACAAAGCGGCCUCCCUCCCAAGGUCAUCAAGCACUGGUUCCGGAACACACUCUUCAAAGAGAGACAGAGAAACAAAGAUUCUCCUUAUAACUUCAGUAACCCCCCUUCGACGACGCUGAACUUGGAGGAAUAUGAGAAGACAGGGGAGGCGAAAGUGACUUCCCUCGCAAGGCAGGACGAAGACAGCAGUUCUCAGAAAGACGAGAGUGGGAAGCCUCCAGAGCAGAAAAGAGCCAGGAUUUCUGAGGAUCCCAUUCCGAGUGUGAAAAUCAAGGAUGCAAUGGACGAUGCUGGAGGGGAACACAGUAGAGAGAAUAAGACAUCGUCAAAACCAACUAGUCAGAGUCAGGAAGAGAUGAGUGCUGUGAAGCUGGAAUCUCCGAAACCCCCUUCCUCAUCCUCUACCCCUUCCAGUCUCACGUUGACCUCAAUCAUCUCAUCUCAGCUGAAUUCAGAAAUGGCUUCCCGUGCUCCUCAGUUCUCGACCCCUUUGAAUCCCCUAGCCCCCUUCCAAGUAUCACCUCAUACAGGAGGAUUCCUACCUUUUCCACCGACCCCUCCUCCACCGACUGCUGUGAAAUCUGAAAUUUCACCUGCUCAUUCCACACCUACCUCGUCUUAUUCCUCCACCCCCACCACUAGUAACAGUGCAGGAGGCACAGGGAAGAGAGCAAAUCGAACUCGUUUCACUGACUAUCAAAUCAAGGUCUUGCAAGAGUUCUUCGAGAACAAUGCCUACCCUAAGGAUGACGAUCUCGAAUAUCUUUCCAAGCUGCUGAACCUCAGUCCUCGAGUGAUUGUUGUCUGGUUCCAGAAUGCUCGACAGAAAGCCCGCAAAGUAUACGAGAAUCAACCACCCAUUGAUCCGAGCGAUGAAGGCGCAGGUCGAUUCCAACGAACACCUGGGCUGAAUUAUCAAUGCAAGAAGUGUCUUCUCGUCUUUCAGAGAUAUUAUGAGCUUAUUCGGCACCAAAAGUCUCAUUGCUUCAAGGCUGAGGAUGCAAAACGAUCAGCCCAAGCUCAGGCUGCAGCAGCAGCGGUUGCCGCUGGCAGUAUCCCCACCCACAGCGAAGACUCGAGCUCCAGUUCCAUUGCAGACUCCUGCAACACAGUGACAUCCUCUCAGCAUUCUCAGCACAUUCCUUCCGUUAAAUCGGAAUCGCAGUUUCAAUGUGAGCAGUGCAAGUUGGUAUUCCCACGCUUUGAACUUUGGAGGGAGCAUCAGCUCGUUCAUAUGAUGAAUCCAAAUCUUUUUGCAAGUCAUCAUGUGGGUUCAGCCGGAGCUAUGACUCAGCCGGAAGGUUCCACCAACAGCUCACCAGGCCCGGAAUCAUCUUCUCAAAAAAGAAGACCCGAAGAAUCUGAAGACGAAAAAGACGAUCAGCACAGCAAAAGGCUUAGGACAACCAUUCUGCCCGAGCAGCUGGAUUACCUGUAUCAGAAAUACCAGGUGGAAAGCAAUCCAAGUCGAAAGAUGCUGGAAAAUAUAGCCAGAGAAGUCGGCUUGAAAAAGAGGGUGGUGCAGGUAUGGUUCCAAAAUACAAGGGCUAGAGAAAGGAAAGGUCAGUACCGUGCUCAUGCUCAUGUGAUCAACAAAAGGUGUCCCCUUUGCCCUGCACUCUUCAAAGUCCGCUCAGCUCUCGAAUCUCAUUUGGCAACGAAACAUUCCGAACAGUUUGCUCGGGGCGAGAUCAAUGUGGAUUCCCUGCCAGAUGAAGAUUCUGGGCCUGAGACUAGCGUUCCAUCUCACAUACCUUACUCUGGACUCUUGUACUCCAACCUAGAACAAGAUGUGAAGAAGCAGUACGAAGAAGCCCUCCGGGGUUACCUUGGUGAUGACACCUCAGUUCACAGUGGAUCUCAUGGCACAGAUACCCCCCUUGACCUCAGUAAACCAGGAGGGGAGUCAAUGAUAGAGGAAGUACGAAUUGGUGGACUGCAGGACGAAACCCUGUCCGUGACAUAUUCUGAAUCGACGGAUUGCUGCGACGGGGAAGAGGAAACGAAUCCAUCGACAUCCCCUCAACCACUUCCGCAGUCUGCGAAGCAGUCAUCCGGUGGUGGGAAGAGAUUCCGGACGCAGAUGUCCAGCCUCCAAGUCCGUGUUAUGAAGAGCAUCUUUGCCGACUACAAGACCCCUACUAUGGCCGAAUGUGAGCUUCUGGGGCAAGAAAUCGGGCUCCCGAAAAGAGUGGUACAGGUUUGGUUCCAGAAUGCCCGCGCUAAAGAGAAGAAGAACAAGUUAGCCCUUGCUAAGACGCUUGGCUCGGAAAUAGAGGCUCCUCCACCCCCCGAAGAAUGCACCUUCUGCAAGGUGCGCUACUCUCACAAGUACGCUCUUCAAGAUCAUUUGUUCUCCAAGAGGCAUAUCAACGCUUUGAAAGCGGCUUCGGGUGACGAGGGUCCCAAGUCCACUUCGCCCAGCACCAACGGUCCCAAACCAGGAGAGAAUUUUCCCAUGCAAGGAGACAGUGAGGCAGAAAGGUUCCUAAUGCAGAUGUAUGGUUUCAGUAUGGCUUCAGGGUCUUCGCCGUCGGCAGCUGUCUUGAGUCAUGCUCCAUUCAUGCCGCCAUUAUCCGGUUUCCAGCCGAAUUCUCUUCCUGGAGAGAAGAGAGAUCCAGACUACCCGUCCCUUACCUUCGGUCCUCCAUUCAUCGGAGAUGCCAUCUCAGUCUGCUUGCAUUUCUGGCAGCUUCAGUCCGUGAUUAAUAAUGGGCAGGGGAAGAGAAGAAUAGACGAUUUAAUGUUGGGGGGGAAAGAAGGAAUAAACGAAGAUGACUCGUGGGAUGGGAAGGGGAGACCAGGUCUUCCGGACGCUUGGUCAAGGGGGAUUCCUCUCGGAUUGCUUCAAUUGCCCAUGACUGUAGUGGCUCAAGUGAGUGGCGUCCUUGCGGAACCGGGCACCUCCAAGGUGGCCUUCACGCAGGAUGGCAAGAAUGUGACUUCGGAACCAGGUGCUUCGGAGGUGGACCUGCCCUUGGCAGUCGUGUGUAAGGGUUGCCGUUGUGCAUUCCCAACCGAAGUCCAAGUGGCAGGUCAUCAAUGCCCUGGGCGGAGCACGGGAAUGGGGAUGCUGCGAAUCCUGCAGCACUUCUACGCCUGCUGUGUUUGUCAAGAAAAAUUUCCGACAGCCGAAGCAUAUCGAGUGCAUAUGGCAAACGAGCAUCAUCGCCACUUCCAGGCUGGAGGGACGGACUCGAAUGGGAAUAUAGCCAAGGGGGAAAGCGCCGAUAAUCCACGCUUAGGUGGGGGAGAGGUGACCCAUAGGUCACCACCCACCGCUCUCCGUAUGGGACAAUAGAAAAGAGGGAGGAGAAGGGGGGUCUUGUGAUGGCUAGUAAUGUGAUGAAUCAAGAUUGUGUGAAUGUGAUCCCUUCUUCGAGUUUAUUCAUCAGAAAUCGUGUAUGAAUUCCAUCUGUAUCUGUCUGUCGCCUCUAGAACCGAAAUCUCAUUUCCGUAGGGUUCCCAUUAUCCUUGUUCUGUGAACGAGCUUGAAAAUUAUGUGUGUAUUUAUUGUGAGAGACGCUUCUGUUCCGUUGAUAGCUGGGGGGAAGAAACCAACUUUUUUUUUUAAGGAAAGCUUAGAAAGAAUUCGUUCAGGAGGGCAUUGACAAGGUCAAAAAGACAACACCUUGCUAAAAGAUGGGUAUGCCGAUCAUGCUUUCUUUCAACUCUCUCCCUUCAAUACGAGGUUGUUCACGCUUGUCGUCUCCGAGUACAUGUGAUGUGAAUCCUUUAUUAUAUUAAUUAUUAUUAUUAUUUUUUUGUGCUGUCCUCUACCAUUGUGAAAACAGGUGUGUUGCAUGAGGCGUUCACUGCCUACGUUCAGGGUGGCUACACAUUCCACGAAGUUCCUACACGUUUAACCUGACAAGUUCCUAUUGAGAAACUCCUUGUUGAAAUGAGAAACUCCAACCCUCGCGAUUCUCGAUACGAUAUUCCGAAUAUUAUAUUUUUUACUCAGUGGUGUUUCCAUAUUCCGAUGGCUUUUUCUGAUUUCCCCCCCUGGCCUCUCCGUCGGAGGAUGAUACCCAAUCAGACGAGAAGUGAAGCACGGAGAGUGUUCCUUCUGUGCCUUGAAAAAAAGAAAAGAGCAAAAACUCAUCCUCGAGUUCUUCCCGUUGGAUGGAGUAAGACACAUAGAGCUGCUCGCACAAAAACGAGCGUCGUCGUAUCCAGCCUCGAAACGAAAAGUUCCUAUAAAAAGCCUAGGCCUAAUCCAGAAAUCUGUUCUUCCAACAAGUCAUCCCCCGACUGAGAAAAUAAUCUUUGAAUCUUUGAAUUCUCCUGCUGCUUGGAAAGAGUUUCCCCCAUGUGCCAUGAACGACACUUUUUUGCUCACAUCUUCCCUACAAUCCCUUUUGGAAGACUCUGACUGAGCCUUUCGCUGUUCAACGUCUUCUCUCUUUCUCUCUCUGUCUCACUCUCCCUCUCACUCUCACUUGAAACCUCGCAAAAGAAGUGCCACUUGACAUGUCCCUCAAAGUUCCUAUUUCAGAAGGGAGAGUAUUAUUUAUUCUGUUUUCAUGUUUUAUGACGAUGGCCGUGAGUGGGUGAUGAUGAUGAUGAUGACCGAGGUGGUGUGUUGAUAGCCGUCGUGGCGUCCGAUAGUAGUUCCCAGCCAGAAAAAGAAAAAAAAACACACAAAAAAGAGAGAGCAAUGACGGUGCUUGGUGUGUGACCCUUUUGAAUGUUGAACCCCCAUCCUGUGAGGUAGAGUUCCAUCCCUUUCCCCCUGAUAAUUCCUCGCUUUCCUUCUCAUUUUCUGCUUCUUUUUUUUUAAAUUCGACCUCUUUUUUUCUACUUGUGUCACCCGAAUCCUUGAUAUCCCUGGCGCUUCAGUCAUUCACCGUUUGGAUAAAUUAUGUGGAUAUUUAUUCCUUGUUUUCUGUGAAUGAGCAAGUUAUCAAAAAUAUAAGAAGCGAAGAGUGUGAUGGUUUACUUUUUUUUUUCUUCUUUUUUUCCGUUUUUUUUUUCCCCUGCUUACCCAUCUGGCCCUGGCCUCCUGCAACCCCGCACGAAAAUGAGAACCCUCUACCUCACUCGUAACCGAAAGUUCCUAAGACAAUGUGCU